UCCUAAAUCUGAUAGAAUGUAAACGUGCUAUUAAAGUCGCUGCUGAAGGCCUUUCAAGAGAUGGGUCCACAUUUUCUCGCCCUGAAAUUGGCAGAGCAGAUCCAAUGAAAUCACAAAUGGUUGAGCAACUGGAGAGAGCUCGUUUUUCCGUGGCACAGUGCUUGGCUCUUCAACUUCACUUGGGUGCAAGAGUUGAAUUUGCCUGCUCUGCUGCUCUCAUUCGUUUUGCCUGUCUCCUGCCAAAUCGACUAAGCUUGCUGAUUCGCCCACUAAUGGAGGUGAUUCGUGUUGGAUUCCCAGCUACGCCAACCUCUUCAAUUCCAUCUGCCCUAGCAUCCUCAAAUGUCUCCUCAGAGCUCAACGAUUCCACUCUUAGUUCUGCAGCCGGACUUGAUCUGGUCCCUAUUGGUCAGACGGUACGUCUUCAGUAUCUUGCGGGAGUUAGUCUUGCACGCCUGCUAUAUGCUGAGUGGAUCUCAACUUCACAUUUGUCUGCCUCCCCUUCUUAUUCCACUUCAUUUACAACUUCUGUCGGUAGCGAAUGCGACAAACUUCAUUUAUAUAAGAAGGAUUGUGUGCCAUCCAACCUUGAUAAAGCUUCCAACAGUACUAAUACUGAUUCUACUACCCUACCAUUUUGUCAAAACUCUUCCAAGGCAGCCCAAAAAGUAGUGAAAAAUCUCAUUACUUAUCUUUCUUCAUCGGAUCCAGGUGAUGAGGUUAUGUGUGACUCUCAAAAACCGCUGGCUAGCUUCUUUCUGCCAUCAGAAGUGCCGACAAAUAUAUCCCGUCAGCAUAUUUCCUCUUCCAUAGGCUUGAAUCGAUCUGGUAUUGAAAGAAUUGGAGUACCGAUCAAUCCCACAUUUCGUUCUAAACAAAUGGUUGCUGGCAUGUCGAAUACUCUAGAUUCACCUGAGUGUUCUUCCCAUUUUCGUCAUCUUCAAUUCCGAGGCGCCUCGAUUGCUUUAAAUUGCUUAUGCCGCCAAUUUUUAGCCGUUCCCACUUCAAAGUUGACAGUAUCGCUCAAUCCUGCCGACUCUCCAAUAUUAUCUUUGGACGCCAUCAAAUUUGGCUUACCCUCAUUGUGGAAAUCUCUUUGGAUCAGACCACUUCAAUUAGUCUAUCAGCUCUUUAUGUCUGAUCAUCCUGAUCCCCGCUGUACUGACGAUUGUGGGGAUAUUAAUGACUUGCAAUACAAAUGUGAGCUUUAUUUUCUCCAUCAUAAGGUCCGUUUUAGUAUUAGGUCAUUUUUAACGGCCUUCGAGCUACAGAAAAAGACCUUCCUUUCUGGUAUUAAGUCCCAAAAUUAG